UAUUCACACUCUGCUGCUUAUUCUGCAGCCCUGCUAAGCAAAUCUUUAUGUUGCUUUUUAUUUUGUUUGCAGAAAUUAGUUCAGAUCAGAUAGAUAUAAGUUUUAGACUACUCAUUGCCCGAAAUGUGAACAUUUACUUAGUUGUAACACCGUUUAAUAAAUGUAGAGAAUAUAGGAAAGUAAAAUAUUUGGUAGGAAAUAUAUUCACUGUCUCUGAAGAACCAAUGCCUAUUUAAAAGUUCUCUGAAGUGUAAAACAAUAACUAAAUACAAAUGUUACAAAUAAAUAAAUAAAUGUCAAUUUAAUAAAACAUACAAAUAAUGUAACAACUAAUGGUUGAAACGUAAACAGUUAUAACAUUACUUUGAAUUAAAAGCCAAAUUAAAAAGCUGUAUAGAAAUAUUGUCUCUCUUGGUUUAGUGGGCCCUUGAUAAGUGUCUAUAGGUAGAUGGCUUAGUUAGAUGUCAUCAAAGUGUAUGUGACGUUUCUCAGGUCAGCUAAGCAUCAGACUAAAAUAUUCCUUUACAUAUAUUGCAAAGAAAAUGGUGUGUGUUUAGCCCCCACAACACCACAAUGAUCCUGCACAAGUGUUUGUCUUCAGUUCAUUUCAGUCGAAAACUUAUAGUUGAGCCGCCAUAAAACCAACAACAUCCCUCAGUAGUGACGGAGGUCUCGUCUGUGCUGAAAGGUUACCUUGGUUAAUUUACAACACUAGUAGCCGUUGGCAUCUUCCCGGCCACGCGAAGGCGCUGUCUCGUGCGCGGCUCCCUCCUGUCCAGCGGCUCCGGUGCCUACGUCACCACAUUCCACUGAAUGCGAUGUAACAGCGUCAUGAACAGCGUGUAAAGCGUGAAGGUGUCUCACAAAACACUACAAGAAACAUAUGCAAGAUGAGGGAAGCGGCCAUCCUGUUCACACCGUGUGUGUUUCUGUGUCUCUUCCUGAGCUUCAGCCAGGCAGCAAGACAGGGACAGGACAUGAAAUGUGGAGCGUGCAGGGCUCUGGUCGAUGAGAUGGAGUGGGCCAUCUCACAGGUAGAUCCAAAGAAAAUGAUCCAAACGGGAUCCUUCAGGAUUAACCCAGACGGCAGCCAGUCCAUCAGAGAGGUUCCCCUGGCCCGCUCUGAGGGAAACCUCCUUGAGCUGAUGGAGACUGUGUGUGAGAGGAUGGAGGACUACGGUGAGCACAGUGAUUCUUCCACAAACAGGAAUUCCUACAUUAGGAUAAAGUCUCGGACUGGUGGAGCGAUGGACCUUUCUGAGGCUAAGCUGGAUUCAAGAGUUACAGGCAGUUUAAAAUUUGCAUGUGAAACAAUUGUUGAGCAGCAUGAAGAUGAAGUCAUUGAAUUCUUCGGUCACGAGACAGAUAAUAUCAAAGACAAACUCUGCAGCAAGAGGACAGACCUCUGUGAUCACGCUCUGGAAAUACCCCAUGACGAACUUUGAUAUCAUCUCACCAUCUGAAACAGAGAUGUCGGUAGCCGUAAUGUUUUCAGUUGUCUCAUCACCAGUUUACAUUAUGGGUAGUGGUAGAAGAUGUAUACAGUUACUAUGAAAUAUACCUAAAGAUCCACCUGAAAAUAAAAAUGUUGCAAUUUAAUAGAAUUGAGAAGAAUAGAAUAGAUUUAAGGACCAUUUUGUCAUUUUUGUAAUGUAUCUCUUUGGACUAUCCUGUCACUUAUUUAUAUACUGUAAGUUAUUUUACAAUUUUUUUUUAUAGUCUGUUUUAUAUAAAAAUUUCCUCCACAUACUUUUCAUCAGAUAAAACUGUGAAACUGCACAAAUGAAGUUAUACUUCUGAGUGCAUAGCUACAUGAUUUCUUACAGGAUUAACUGUACUUUUCAGCAAUAUCAUUGAAUUACACCGAGGUGGAAAUGUGGUCAAUUGGUCCUUAAAUCUUUAUUCAUUUGCAUUGAUAAAUCCAGGAAAAAGUGCUUUGAUGCCUACUCAACAAUGAAAGUGUCAUUUUACAGUUCUAGUUUAUUCUUUAUUGAAUGUCGACAAGAUCACAGGAAUAACUUUCUCAUGUACAAUUUGAGAAUAAUUAGUUUUACCAAAGGACAAAAUAUGCCUUUGAUGUCAACACUCUUGAAAUAUGAAUCCCAUGUAGGCCCCUUGCUAUUGAUUUCAUAUUUGUCUGAGUCCUCUAAUGUUUACAGUGAUUUUUUUCCAGAAAAUGGUUUACUUUCCCAACAUGCUGCCCUUCUGAUCCAGAGCAGAACAUAUCUUUAUACCAACACAAAAAGUAAAAAAAAUUAGUUUAAAUAGUUUAUAGAUUUAUGAGUAUGUAAUCCAGCUACAAUCACCUUUAAUCACAAUAUUUAAAGCGUUUUUUAAAUUUGUAUUUCAAGCACCAAGAGUUAAGUUCUGUUUCCUCUUGUCUAGUGAAACUCCAGUGUAACGCCACCAGAGUGUGCUGUCGUCCACAAUCUGAUAGUUGAGUCCAAAUGAUUAAGAUCUCAGUUGGAGAGUCUUCAUGCUGUACUGUAGAUGUAGAUUAAAAGUAUAUUUGGUAUCAUGUAUUUUCAAUGUUUGAAAAAAUCCGAACAUGCUGUCUUGUGAACAUUCUUCUGAUUUACUGAUUACUUUUUAUAUAUAAACUUUGUAAGACCUUU